AUGAAUCAUGAAUUUCCGAAUUUACAAAAUUUUCCAAGCAAACAACCCGGAUUAUCGAAUCUUAUAAGAGUUGAAAUAGAUUUCGUUGGAUCAUUAGUACCGACCUCUGAGAAUAUCAAAUAUUUAAUACAAUUAAUUUCAUUAAAUUGUGAUCAAAUCCGUUAUUUGGAUAUUAGUUUAAACCCUACAGAAUAUUCUAUCGAUAUCAUUCAUCACAUAGCUGAUACGAUUAAAGCUCAAAAAUGUUUAAUGGAAUUUAGUAUUUCCUUUGUAAACAUAAAUUUUGAUCCGAUUAUGUUUGCUUUAUUAUCUCAAAGAUCUAAUUUAAGUUCUGUUAGAUUUACUAACAUUACUUUUACCGAGACAUCCAACAAUCUCUUAAAAGAAUUUAAUAUUUCAAAAGAUUUAAAACACAAGUUCACAACACCUGCGCCAACUUUGCCAACAGAGUGUAUGAAAAGAAUUUUUCAACAUAUCCAAGAUGAUCCCAUAUCAAAAUUAUAUCCUUCGUUAUUGGUAAAUAAAUAUUGGUGCAAGAACGUCGUGCCAUUUUUAUGGAGUCAGCCAUUCCAACUUUGUUCAAAACAUAAUCGAUACAAGCUUAUAAGAACAUUAUUAAUGUUCUUUAGUUUAGAAGAAACCACAUUAAUCAAUUCUAAAUUAAAGGCUUAUAACAUCCUAAUACCUGCGCGACCCAAUCCUAUAUUUAAUUAUUCUUCCAUGGUACAAGAAAUUUAUUAUAUGGAUUUGGAAACCUUUGUUAAAUCAUAUUUAACAAAAAUAACCAUGGGAUGUUAUAAUGAUAUACAAAAAGUACAAAUUCUUUUCAUCACUAUUUCAUUAUUUCAAAUGCUUUUACGACAGGGCACCAACAUUAAUACUCUCGUAAUCGAUAAAGAAAUUUAUACGAUGGAUUUACCAGACUUUUCUAUAUUUUCAGAAUCACACUCCUCAGGUCCCAAUAAUCUCUUUCAACUUACAAUCGAUUACAAUAGCAUUAAGAUUCGUAAUAUUAUUCAAUUUCUAAAAUACAUUUCAGAUAUAUGCAAGGACAUUCAGAUUUUAGAAUUUAAAUUCAACAUAAAAGCUUAUAAUGUUGAAUUAUUACAAUCAAUUUCCGAAACCAUAAGUAAGCAAAAUAGUUUACGAGAAUUUAGUUUAUCAAAUACCAAACAUAUUGGAAUUGAAUCAGUUAUGAUGUCAUUGCUCGUUCAUAUUAAGACUUUAACUUCAAUUUCGUUGGCUUUCCUUAAAUUGGGACAAUCAUCAAUGGACAUUCUUUUGAAUCUUGAACAAUUAAAAGAACUUAGGAUAUGGUUUUGUGAAGGGUUAAAUCAUUAUACUUCGAUUCACAGAUUUGAACUCAACACGUUACAUUUGGUUGAGUUAGCUUCCUCAGUUAAAACAAGACAGAUCACUCAUUCCAUCUUGCAAUCAACAGGAAAUUCUAUUACACAAUUAGGAUUUAAUAUUCAAUAUAUAGAAAAUCUUGAUAUAUCAUUGACUUAUUGUCCAAACGUUGAAGAGAUAAUUCUGUUUUUUUUGUCUAAUGACAAAAAAAGUAGAAAAUCCGACAAAAAAGCUGCAAAUAAAAUGGAAAAAUCAUGGAGAGAAAGGUUAUCAUCACUUACUUUUAAAGAAAUCUCAAUCAGAACUUUAAUCGUUAACAAACUAGAAUAA